AUGGCACCGCGGAAGAGCCAAAAGGGCAAGAAACAGCCAUCUACCCCCUCGCCUGCUGCUUCGCCGACACUUUCUCCUGAAAGCCAGUUGCCCCUUGCCCAAUCCCCUAUAAUAGGCCUAGCUAUGACGUCUACACCUGGUCAACUGCUGCCAAAGAUCAAGGCAGGUUUGACUGUCAAGCAGAUCGAAACUAUCGCCGAGUUAGAGCGCAAAUACCUGCUGAAAAAAGGCCAGAAAAAGUCUGCACCACUCGUGCCCAACUCUACGCAGCCAGGAAGGCUGUCCAGUCAACGGCCAAUAGAUGGCCCAAAUAUGCUCUCACUGAAGCUGGCAGAGUUUCAGGCUGGCCUCGAUCUUACAGAGGAAAUCGGCUAG